AUGUCAACGAACGAGAAUAGAAAUUAUUGCCGUAUUUGUCCCGAUCACACCAUGUGCUUAUUUCCUUCCGACUGCGAGAGCGCAGACUGCAUUGAUAUGGAGAACAACAAUCUCGACGAGGAGGAUAUCGCAACUGUACUCGACAGUCAUAAUCUUUAUCGCGCCGUUAUUGCGAGCGGCAAGGAGAACCGUGGAAAUCCCGGGCCGCAGCCCGCCGCGAGGACCAUGAUGGAAUUGAUCUGGGACGACGAACUCGCCGUUAUAGCACGUCGAUGGGCGUUGCAGUGCAAGCUCUUCGAGAAGGAUCAGUGCCGAGACGUUGGCAAGUAA